AUGAAGAAAAACAAAGCAUUACUUACAGAGCUUGGAGUUGCAGGUCGAACUGAAGUUGGAGAAGUUGCAGAUCCAACGAUGGUGGUCCUCGAACAAAGGUUGGAGAAGUUGGAGGUCCUCGAACCGAGCUUGGAGCAAUGGCAGGUUCAACAAUCAGGUCCAACAAUGGUGGCCCUUCCCUUUUUUUCCUCUUUUCUCUUCGGUGUGGAUCGAUUAAGGGAACAACGCAGUGGUCAUGGAGGUUCUAGGUCACGAUUGGGAGGAAGACGAGUUGCAGCUGUGCAAAAGUUUUUUGACCAUUUUACCUCUUCUCCUUCUGAAAACCCUAGCCUGAAAUCUUCUGUUUAUCUGGAUAACAUGGAGGAGAUUAAGAAGGUUUUCAAGCGAUUUGAUGUUAAUGGCGACGACAAGAUCUCUGCCACUGAGCUCGAUAAUGUUCUCAACGUCCUUGGUUCUGAGACUUCGCCAGAUGAGAUCAAACGGAUGAUGGCUGAGAUUGAUACUGAUGGUGAUGGCUUCAUCGAUCUCCAAGAGUUCGCUGAUUUUCACCGUGGAGUUAACAACGGAGAUGCGAGGAGUACUGUUGAUGGAAUGAGGGAAUUAAAAGAUGCUUUUAAUCUGUUCGAUCGGGACAAGAACGGUUUGAUAUCAGUGACGGAGCUUUACUCGAUUUUGAAGAACUUGGGCGAGAACUGCUCCCUCCACGACUGCUCCAAGAUCAUUAGCUCCUUUGAUGCCGAUGAUGAUGGCAACGUUAACUUUGUGGAGUUCAAGAAGAUGAUGAUGACUAACAGCAGAGCUUCCUCUCAUUAG